AACAGCCUAUCACCGAAGGCAGGAACGAUGUCAGAUGCACUUUUCAACCAUACUCCGCACAGUAAGUAGGAGCCGGCAAUACAGCAAUAGUCUGCCAUAAAACCUUAAAGAAGAAGAAGACAGGGCAGUAGAAACAACAACAAACAUUUAUUAGAAAUAGCUACAGUAGCUAGUUAAUGUAACAACAACGUGUUAAUAUUGCAUCCAUUCUAUCAACAGCUAUACUUUUGUGAAACAGGUCAGAAUUAGAAACAAACUCUCGGUUUUAUUUGUUUAACGAGUGUUGAGAACUCUGGACUGAGUGACCAUUGAACUCGUACUGACCGGUCCUCCCUAUCAGAGUUCCCCAUCUAUCCCGGGCUCUGGUCAGUCAGCCAUGGCCCUCCGUGUCCUCCAGGCCGUGGCGGCGGUGGCUGUUCUUUGUCGGUUCCCCGUAACGUUAACUCGGGCUGGGGACAGGUCAGAGGGGACUCCCGGCCAAUCCUACGUGGCUGCGGUAUACGAGCACCGGGUUAUUCUAAACCCGGAGCCGCACGUACCUCUGUCCCGGGCCGCGGCGCUCAAGCACAUGAUGAGCAACCUGGAUGUGUACGAGGAGCAGGCCGCGCGAGCUGCGGAACAGGGGGCUCAGAUCAUAGUAUUUCCAGAGGAUGGUCUUCAGGGGUUUAACUUCAGUCGUCUGUCCAUCUCUGCUUACCUAGAGACCAUCCCUGACCCACAGUCUGAGGACUGGAACCCCUGUACACAGACAGACAGACACACCCACACUGAGGUCCUCCAGAGGUUGAGCUGCAUGGCUCGACGUCACCGUCUUUACCUGGUGGCCAACAUGGCUGACCUCCAGCCCUGCUGCCAGACCUCUCACCCCACCUGCCCCCCCGAUGGGCGCUGGCAGUUCAACACUGAUGUAGUCUUCAGGCGGGAUGGUUCCCUGGCGGCACGCUAUCACAAACACAACCUGUACUUUGAGAACGCCUUCGAUGCCCCGCCCACACUAGAGGUGGUGACCUUUGACACUCCGUUCGCCGGACGGUUUGGAGUGUUCACCUGCUUCGACAUCCUGUUCCAUGACCCUACCGUCAGACUACUGGAGCAGGGUGUCAGACAGAUGGUCUACCCUACAGCCUGGAUGAACCAGCUUCCUCUGUUGUCAGCCGUUCAGUUCCAGAGAGCCUUCAGUCUGGGAGCUAACACCACUCUGCUGGCGGCUAACAUCAGGGCAGACAGCCUGGGUAUGACAGGAAGUGGCAUCUUCACCCCUGGUACUGCCAUCUACCACCAUGCCAGGGCUGGGCAGCCAGAGGAGGGGAGGCUGCUGGUGCUGAGGAUACCUGUACUGGACACUGCCUGGCUGGGAACAGAGAUGAGGGCCAAGGGGCAGGCAGGAGGAGAGACUGCAAAAGGAGAGGGGGAGAGCCAACACUGCCAGGAGGAUUCUCUCUCUACCUCUCCUCCUGCCUUCUCUCCCUCAUCCCCCUUUCCUUUCACCUCCUCUAUGAUGUAUGAUCCCUUCUCCUUCCUCCUGCUGAGUGGUUCAGAGGGCCAGCUGACUGUGUGUGACGGUCCUUUCUGCUGCCGCCUGCAGUACCGACGCUCCCCACAGGGGGGCAAUGCGGAGCUCUAUGCUCUAGGAGCGUUCUCUGGCACUCACACGGUUAACGGGCGCUACAAUGUACAGGUGUGCGCGUUGGUCCGCUGUUUGGGGUCGGAGGUCAGCUCCUGUGGACAGGAAGUGGAGGAGGCAGAGUCGAGAGUUGACUUCCUAUUGGAGGGGAAGUUCGGAACCCGCCACGUUUACCCGUCGUUGCUAGGUAGUGGCAUGGUUCUAGAACAACCUGACCAGGUCAAGACGACCACAGAUGGUCGCGUGGCCAUGGAACACUCAGGGAUGACCGUCGGACUAGUGACCGCAUGUCUCUACGGCAGGGUGUACGACCAGGACUAAGGUGUGUGAGAGAGAGGUUGCGGUCCAAACACUUAAGAUACACCCUCGUCCACUUACCCUCGCCUUAUGCCCUUGGGGAAAUCCCCGUCGCCAUCUUGGAGGGCGGUCCAAAUGAUUAGCCAAGCAAGGGAAGUUAGCAAACGUAAGCCCCUCAGCCCUCGUUUUUAGUCGGCUUAGCGAGUGUACAAUAAUGUUCCCUCCUGGGCCCGAAACUCCCCAUAAUUCAAUUCACGACGAUUGUACACCUUGUCAGCGAAAACUUAUAAACAACACAAUGGAGAAGUCAACAUAAAAACAGUAAAAACAAAUAAGUUAGAAAUUGUGCUACUAAUGCACAUGACGGCACAAACACGUCUCGUAAAAAGUAAAUAUGUUUUUGUUUGGUUAUCUUUUGGAAAUUGUAGAGAAAAAAAAUAUAUAUAUAUAUAUUCUUCAGAAGUUCCAGCUGGGUAGGCUAACGUUACUUAGCCAAUUCAUUUACUAGCUAUCCUACAGUAGGUGUAUAUGAAUAAUUAUACAGUUAAUAUAAGUAGACAUGCAAUCAUAAUUGACUGUAGCGCAUAUAACGCACCCACAAGCUACCGGUGGCUGAACACACAAUCAUCGCUGGAUGAACGAGUGACGAAUUUCCAGCCAAGGGUGGUCCAUUUAAAAAUCAUCCCUUCCUCCCUUGCCCCUUGUAUACUCGUCAGACGUCAUCAGAAGUGUCCACUUAAUUUGAGGGUUGAGGGGAUAGGGUGUGUCUUAAGUGUUGGGACCGCAACCAGGGAGAGAGAGUGAGAGAGGGUGUGUGUUUUGGUUAAAUGAUUGUGGUUCACUUUAUGGGACCACAAUCUUCUACCUCAGUAAAUAAGUGUUCUCUUUUGUCAUCCGUCCUGUUUCUGAACUGUAUCCAUGACACCCUAUUCUGCAAUGUUGUCGGGGGUUACGCCAAAUAAAAAUAUGAUUCACCAACAAUAAAAAA